CGUCGCUGAAAGUAGUGCGAAACAUAACACACCUUCGAAUACAGUUCACAAAUACAGAGUGUUGAUAAUGUUUUCGUGAAAAGUUACAUCUAUAUUUUAACAAAAACAUCAAUUUAUAUGCUCUUUGAAAUUAGAAUAAUCUAACAUUUGAAUUUGAUCAAAUAAUAAAAAAAAAAUUGUAAAAGAAAAUUCGGUGUAAGUUUUGUGUUUCAAAUAUAAUGCUAAAAUUAUGUUAAACAAAGAUCAAAGAUAAUUAAAUAAAAUAAAAAAAAAGACAAACAAAUCCUCCCCAUAAAAAAGAGACACACAGUGAAAUCACAGAAAAUAUAUCUUACAGAAAAACAAUGCUGUCAUCCUGACGCGUACUGUAUGAUAAAUUUGAGUGUAAAUCUAUAUGCAUAGCGUGGUUUAACCACUCAUUACUGCAGUGAUUGGUGCCCGCUAAACUUUGCUACCGGGAAAUGAGAUGAGGUGGCUUCGAGGCACGUUGCUACUUAUGUUUGCAGUAUCAGAUUUAUUGUUAUUUCCAGUAAUAUGCGGCAAUCCUGAUGCAAAACGUUUAUAUGAUGAUUUACUCAGCAAUUACAAUAAGCUUGUGCGGCCUGUUGUAAAUGUAUCCGAUGCACUGACGGUUCGAAUUAAACUGAAACUGUCUCAGCUCAUCGAUGUCAAUUUGAAAAAUCAGAUAAUGACCACAAAUUUAUGGGUGGAACAAACGUGGUACGACUACAAAUUAAAAUGGGAACCAAAGGAAUAUGGUGGUGUUGAAAUGCUACAUGUUCCCUCUGAUCACAUUUGGCGUCCGGAUAUUGUGCUAUAUAACAACGCUGAUGGCAAUUUUGAAGUAACACUUGCUACAAAGGCCACAUUAAAUUACACUGGUCGAGUUGAAUGGCGUCCUCCUGCUAUUUACAAGAGCUCAUGCGAAAUUGACGUUGAGUACUUUCCAUUCGAUGAACAGACGUGUGUUAUGAAAUUUGGAUCGUGGACGUAUGAUGGAUUUCAGGUUGACUUGAGGCAUAUCGAUGAAUUAAACGGUACAAAUAUUGUCGAAGUUGGUGUAGAUUUGUCAGAGUUUUAUACGUCUGUGGAAUGGGACAUAUUAGAAGUUCCGGCUGUGAGAAAUGAAAAAUUCUACACAUGCUGUGACGAACCUUACUUAGAUAUCACAUUUAAUAUAACAAUGCGUCGAAAAACGUUGUUCUACACAGUUAAUCUAAUCAUCCCCUGUAUGGGUAUUAGUUUUUUGACCAUUUUAGUGUUUUACCUUCCAUCGGAUAGUGGCGAAAAGGUAUCAUUGAGUAUAUCUAUCCUGCUUUCGUUGACUGUGUUCUUCUUGUUGCUGGCGGAAAUCAUCCCUCCCACAUCAUUAGUCGUUCCAUUGCUUGGAAAAUUUGUUCUUUUUACGAUGAUACUCGAUACAUUCAGUAUAUGCGUUACCGUGGUAGUAUUAAAUGUUCACUUUCGAUCACCACAAACGCAUACCAUGGCACCAUGGGUACGAACAUUAUUUAUAAACCAUUUACCGAAACUAUUAGUUAUGCGUCGACCAUUAUACCCGAUGAAUGGAAUGAGAUUUAGCGCUGCGUCACGCCGAUUUAUGUUACGAACAAAUUGUAAUGCACUCGAAUUGAGAGAUCAAAUUCCGCCCCUCCCUCCGGAAGUGGCAUUGGCUGCCUUCGAUUCUAGUGUCUUAGAUCAUCAUAUAAUGAAUCUCUGCGAAAGGAAUUUGGAAAGUUUGAGCAUUAACACGUGUCGUCUUCAUGGUAGUCCAAAGUCAUCCAUAACCGUUUCCCCGUUACACAGAGUACAAAAUAUUGAUAUAAUGGACGAUAUUCCCUUACCAUUUCCAACAAAAGAAAAUCACACCAAUUCUCCUGCAUCAAUAGCUGCACCAGAUCACAUGAUAACACCAUCGCGUCGACAGCAGAACAUACCACCACCGCCACCAUUGAGUGGUGAUACUAGCUCAACAGCAAAAGUAACAGCUGGAUCUAGUGUAGCACCGAAGGCCGAAACAGCCUUGCGUAACAGGUGGCACGUGUGUCCCGAAUUACAUAAAGCAAUGGAUGGUAUAACAUACAUUGCCGAUCAAAAGAAAAAGGAAGAAGAGAGUACGAAGGUGAAAGAAGAUUGGAAAUACGUAGCAAUGGUUUUGGAUCGGUUAUUUUUGUGGAUUUUUACGAUUGCGGUUGUCGUUGGUACGGCUGGUAUAAUUUUACAAGCACCGACGCUGUACGAUACCCGAGUGCCGAUAGACAUAAAAAUGUCUGAAAUCGCUUCGACAACAGCCAAACCACACAUAUUCACUCCACCAUUAUAAAUUUUAAUUUUUAAUAAAUUACGGAAGUAAAUUAUUAAUGCGAUAGGAACAAAUGUACCAAAACCAUGAAGAUGAUAGGGAGGAAAUAACUAAGGGAAAAAUAUUUAAAAGAAAAAAAAAUUAAAAAUUGAAACUAAUUUUUUAUCAAAAAGGAACAAGUAAAAAAGUUAAUAAAUUAAAAAUAAGAUUUUAAAAUUAAAGUAUAAAAAGAGAAAAAUUAACCUAAAUCAAAACCAACCAACCAACGUAUAUAUUAGAGAAGUGUGUAUGUUUAGCGAAAAAAAAUAGCAAAUAAAAAGAUAAAGUAAAAGGAAACGCUUCACAAGAUUUGAAAGAAAACAAUAUAUCAUCACACCAUACAACAUAAACCACACAUACACAAUACUAUAAACACAGUCUCACAAUUUACAUUCACUUAGAAUUAUAAAAUUACCAAAAAAAAGCGUUAGUUUACGUACAUUUUGUAAUAACACAGACAUCGAAAAUUAGGACACCUGUGGUUUCGCAAAAUAGCAGUGAAUAAGAGAAAUAUAAAUAAAUUUCACUAUUUAAACCUAAUUAUAGAAAUUUAUUGAAACUGAUUUGAUGUAUUGGAAAUUAUAUUAUACAACACAAAUCGAUCAACCCGAAAAACCAGACGAGAAGGCGAUGGAUGAAGACCUAUUUUUAAGAAAACUAUAAAUUUUUUGUAAAGAAAGUAGAAAACAAAAACUUUUAGCAUUGAUCACAUGUCUCGGAUCAAACGUGAGUGAAGUUAAAGUUUAAAAUUUUAGUUAUUUAAAUUGUUCGAAUUAUUGAUUUCGACGCAGCGAAGUAAGAAAUAUAUAUUUUUUUUCAAAAUCCC